CCAAGAGUCGGGAGAAACAUAAAACCCCCUGCGCUAGGCUGUUUCCCUUCCCCGAAAACCCUAGGAAAGAACAAGAACCCUAUAAACCAUUUCCAUUUCUCUAUCCGUCUAGGGACAGAUUGGGAGAGAAGAAUCAGGGAGAGAGAGAGAGAGGCGGCUAUCUGAAGGAGAGGAUGGAGGCGACAAAGAAGAGGAAGGCGGAGGAGAACGGGACGGUAGAUCUAUCGGUGGAGGACGCCCGAAAGAUACUGGAGCCCUUCACCCAGGACCAGCUCCUUGAGAUCCUGCAGGAGGCCACCGUCAAGCACCCUGACGUCCUCGAUGCCGUUCGCGCCAUCGCCGACCGCGACACUACCCAAAGGAAGCUUUUCAUCCGCGGACUCGGUUGGGACACCACCACAGACGGGCUCCGCACGAUCUUCUCCGCUUACGGACAGCUCGAGGAGGCGGUCGUUAUCCUCGACAAGGCCACCGGCAAGUCUAAGGGCUACGGUUUCAUAACUUUCAAGCACAUCGACGGCGCCAUCAACGCCCUCAAGGAGCCCAGCAAGAAGAUCGACGGCCGCAUGACCGUCACCCAACUUGCGGCCGCCGGCAACCAGCCGUCGGCCGCGGCAGCGGAUGUCUCCACCCGCAAGAUCUUCAUCGGCAACGUCCCGAACGACAUGCCCGCGGACCGCCUGCUCGCGCACUUCCUCCAGUACGGGGAGAUCGAGGAGGGGCCGCUGGGCUACGACAAACAGACGGGCAAGUCGAGGGGUUACGCGCUCUUCGUAUACAAGACGGCUGACGCGGCCAAGGCGUCGUUGGUCGAGCCCACAAAGGUGAUUGACGGUCACCAGCUACUCUGUAAGCUCGCUGUGGAGGGUAAGAAGGGGAAGCCUGGCCCUGGGGGAGUGCCGGAGGGAAUGCCUGAGGUGCCUCCCGUUGGUAUGGGCGUGAACCCUGUACCUGGUAAUCCUGGAGGGAUGCAGUAUGGUGGUGUGGCGGGUUAUGGUGGACUGAGUGGUCACCCCAGCCACCCACCUCCCAGUGCGAUUGCCGCCGGGCACCAUACACUUAAUUCAUCCUUGCCGUCUUCUGUAAACCCGAGUUUGUCGGGGGUUUCGGGACAGGUUCCAUCUUCUCUCGGAAGCAGUUACGGUAGCGCUCUGGGUGCUGGUGGAUACGGCGGAUCACAGUAUGGAGCGUCGCAAUACGGCGGGCCCGGAGCGGGAGGUUAUGGUGGAAUUGGAGGUGCAUCAUCCUUGUACAGAAUGCCGCCAACCUCCGUUGGCGGUGCUGGUGGCGGUCCAGCAGCUGGUGUUUAUCCAGAGUCUGGCCCCUAUGGAUUGUCUUCUGCUUCAUCAUAUCCUAGCCAACAUCACCAGCCAUCUGGGACGUCACCAGUUCCCCGAGUUCCUUCUGGUGGCAUGUACCAGAGCAGCAUGCCACCGUAUUAUUAGGUGUAUGAAAGCUCUUGGGCGCGAAUUGCUUUGUAUGGUUGUGGUGAAUGACUGAAUGCAGACAUGUAUCUGAUUUGAUGAAUGGUUUAGCAAACUAUGUGGCUUCUGUGCUCUGAACUCUUUACAGAUGCAGCUUGUUUUUGCUGAAUGGUAUUAGGGAGUGACUGAGCGGCCAACAAACACAUAUCUCUGUUUGACCCUCUAUAAAGAGGAGGUUUAUUAUAUUUACUUAAUGUUUUUUUUGGAUUGUCUGGUUCUUAUGCCCGUGAUCUGAUAGUUGUUCUGUAAGUGCUUAUAGAUUAUCGAUGGGUUGUUUCUUUGUU